UGUGCGUGGGGCUGCCCUCACCGGAAGCUGCACGCUCGGGGAAGCGCGGAGGCGGGGGUGCUGCGCGCGCUGGGGAGCACGUGGGGGGACACGCAGGGACUGCCCGCGCGAAUGGCUUCCAACGCAUGCGCCCCACCCUACAUUUCACAUCGCCAUGACGACCAGGAGGUCCGCUAGUCAACGGCUAGUCAACGGCUGCGGGGACAAGUCCGUUGAGGCUGCCAGGCGAGUCAGGCCUUUCUGGACCUCGCCUGACUCGGCUGGGCUGUGCCUGAAAUUGACCCAGCUCCACUAGGAAUUAUGAAGAAACAAGGAGUAAGCCCAAAGCCGCUGCAAUCUUCCCGCCCCAGCCCGUCUAAGCGGCCCUGCGGGGCCUCCCCCGCCCGGGAGCGGGAGGUGGAAAAGUCGGCCCUAGGCGGCGGGAAACUGCCAGGGGGCGCCAGGAGGUCCUCCCCGGGGAGGAUCCCAAAUCUGAAAAAGCGAAAAGGCUUGGAGCUAAAGGUGGUGGCCAAGGCCCUUCUCGGCCCCUUCCAGUUCGUCCGUAAUUCCCUGGCGCAGCUCCGGGAAGAGGUGCACGAACUGCAGGCGCGGUGGUUCCCCAGCAGAACCACUCUGCAUCGGGGAAUUGAAAACAAGGAAUUCCCCAACCAAACAGGGGCACAGGCUGUGUUUGCAGCUCCUGUAAAAGCUCCAUACCCAGAGCCGUGUCUCCCAGCUCCCAGCCGUCUUGUGGCAAUUCUACAUUGGUUACAUUUAGUAACACUUUUUGAAAAUGAUCAUCAUUUCUCUCACCUCUCAUCUUUGGAACGGGAGAUGACUUUUUGCAUUGAAACGGGACUUUAUUAUUCUUACUUCAAGACCAUUAUUGAAGCACCUUCAUUUUUGGGAGGACUGUGGAUGAUUAUGAAUGACAGGCUUACUGAAUAUCCUCUUGUAAUUAAUGCAGUAAAACGCUUCCAUAUUUAUCCAGAGGUAAUCAUAGCCUCCUGGUAUCGCACAUUCAUGGGAAUAAUGAAUUUAUUUGGACUAGAAACUAAGACCUGCUGGAAUGUCACCAGAAUAGAACCUCUUAAUGAAGUUCAAAGCUGUGAAGGAUUGCGAGAUCCUGCUUGCUUUUAUGUUGGUGUAAUCUUUAUUUUAAAUGGACUAAUGAUGGGAUUGUUCUUCAUAUAUGGAACAUACGUAAGUGGUACUGAACUGGGAGGUCUUAUUACAGUACUGUGCUUCUUUUUCAACCAUGGAGAGGCCACCCGUGUGAUGUGGACACCACCUCUCCGUGAAAGUUUUUCCUAUCCUUUCCUUGUACUUCAGAUGUAUGUUUUAACUUUGAUUCUCAGGACCUCAAGCAAUGAUAGAAGGCCCUUCAUUGCACUCUGUCUUUCCAAUGUUGCUUUUAUGCUUCCCUGGCAAUUUGCUCAGUUUAUACUUUUUACACAGAUAGCAUCAUUAUUUCCCAUGUAUGUUGUGGGAUACAUUGAACCAAGCAAAUUUCAGAAGAUCAUUUAUAUGAUCAUGAUUUCAGUUACCCUUAGUUUCAUUUUGAUGUUUGGAAAUUCAAUGUACUUAUCUUAUUAUUAUUCUUCAUCUUUGUUAAUGAGAUGGGCAAUAAUUCUAAAGAGAAAUGAAAUUCAAAAACUGGGAGUAUCUAAACUCAACUGCUGGCUUAUUCAAGGUAGUGCCUGGUGGUGUGGAACAAUCAUUUUGAAAUUUCUGACAUCUAAAAUCUUAGGCGUUUCAGACCAUAUUCACCUGAGUGAUCUUAUAGCAGCCGGAAUCUUAAGGUAUACAGAUUUUGAUACUUUAAAAUACACCUGUUCUCCCGAAUUUGACUUCAUGGAAAAAGCGACUCUGCUGAUAUACACAAAGACAUUAUUGCUUCCAGUUGUUAUGGUGAUUACAUGUUUUAUCUUUAAAAAGACUGUUCGUGAUAUUUCGUGUGUUUUAGCUACAAAGGUUUAUCUAAGAAAACAGCUCCUUGAACACAGUGAGCUGGCUUUUCACACAUUGCAGUUGUUAGCAUUUACUGCCCUUGCCAUUUUAAUUUUGAGGCUAAAGCUGUUUUUGACACCACACAUGUGUGUUAUGGCUUCCUUGAUAUGCUCUCGUUGGCUCUUUGGCUGGCUUUUUCGCAGAGUUCGCAGAGAGAAUGUUAUCUUUGGCAUUCUAACAGUGAUGUCAAUACAAGGUUAUGCAAACCUCUGUAAUCAAUGGAGCAUAACAGGAGAAUUUAAUGAUUUGCCUCAGGAAGAACUUUUACAGUGGAUCAAAUACAAUACCGUACCAGAUGCUGUCUUUGCAGGUGCCAUGCCUACAAUGGCAAGCAUCAAGCUGUCUACACUUCAUCCCAUUGUGAAUCAUCCACAUUACGAAGAUGCAGACUUGAGGGCUUGGACAAAAAUAGUUUAUUCUACAUAUAGUGGAAAAUCUGCCAAAGAAGUAAGAGAUAAAUUGUUGGAGUUACAUGUGAAUUAUUAUGUUUUAGAAGAGGCAUGGUGUGUUGUGAGAACUGAGCCUGGUUGCAGUAUGCUUGAAAUCUGGGAUGUGGAAGACCCUUCCAAUGCAGCUAACCCUCCCUUAUGUAGCGUCCUCCUUGAGCCGAGAUUGUGCCACUGCACUCCAGCCUGGGCGACAAAUCAAGACCCCGUCUCCAAAAAAAAAAAAAACAAAACUUGAUUGGGAUCCAAAAUCAUACAACUAUACACUAAAAUCAGUGAAUAUUACCUUAUGUAAAUUAAAAAUUAGGAAAUCAAAAGAAAAGCAUACAUAUAAAAAAUAGUUUUUUCUAAGCAUUUCUCAUUUGUAGGGUGUUUGAAUUAUGUUGUAUGUUGUCUCAUUUCACCCCCAUAACAAAUCUAUGAAAGAGGUACUUUUAUCCCCAUGUUAACGUGAAUAAACCCAGGUUUGGAAAAGUUGAGAAACAUA